AUGGUCGCCGAGGCUGUAGCUGCCAACUGUCGCCGUGGAGAAAUUCAGGCCGAGGAGGAGCUCCAGAACUUCGAUGAAGUAGAUCCAACGUAUAAUAUCUUGUGCGGAGCAAUCGUGAUUGGAAAUAUCUCUAUUGUUAAGUCAAUGGCCGCCUCGGUGGACAUCAAUUCGUUUAAUGACUUUUUUGGCAAGCCCUUACCUCUUGCUGCUGUUUGGGGCCAUCUUGAAAUUGUUCAGUAUCUUCUCGACCAUGGUGCCGAUCCAUAUGUCGCCGCCGGGUCAUGGGACCAUAAUAGGCCAGGUAUACAAAUAAUGGGAAUUGGGGUAGCGAUACAUGAGUACCGAGAUCCCAAAGGAAGUGCCUUAGCAGCUGCAACACUAGGCGGUCAUUGGGAAAUUGUCUUUCUACUUUUGCAGCCGAAGUUCCGGCUCCCUCCCUCAACCGCAGAGUACUUUAGAGCCAUUUUGUGCGGAGUCCGAAUAGAUCGUAUGGAUCUUAUUGACCUUCUUCUCCAAGCAGCUGGGCAUUCUCUCGGCAGCUUAGGCAAAUUCCGAGAUUUAAUGCUCUGGGAGGCCGUGUGUCACAAUCUCGAAUCGAUGGUGCAAACGCUCCUUGACCAUGGCGCCGAUAUUAACAGGGACCCGUACGGUGAUGGAACUGUACUCCAUCUGGCCGCACACCUAGGAUACGAUCGAUUAGUUCGUGCUCUCUUAGAUCGUGGGGCAGAACUCGAUAAUCCAUAUUGUCGGAGCCGCAUACCCAUGGAACUUGCCGCUUAUGGGGGACAUGAAGAAGCCGUGCUGACACUGGCCGAGUACGGUCAGAAGCUUGAGAUCGCUUUGCCCUACGCUGCGCAAAAUGGGAGGUUCAUCUAG